AUGGAUUAUACUGUCAGAAUAUGGAAUAUUGAGACUGGUAAGGAUGAAAUUAUUUUAAAACAUCCAGAUAUGGUUACUUCUAUGAGUUUUAGUUAUAAUGGUAAAUAUUUAGCAACAGUGGCUAAAGAUAAGAAAUUACGAGUCUGGGAUGUCAGAAAUAAUAAAAUUGUCAGUGAGGGGAAAGCGCACGACAGCCCAAAAAAUCAAAGAGUUGUUUGGUUGGGUGCUGAUGAUAGAUUAGCUACUACCGGGUUUUCGCGUUUAAGUGAUCGUCAGAUUGGUAUUUGGGACGCUUUCAAUUUAGAAAAGGGCGAUUUAGGUGGGUUUUAUACUGUCGAUCAAAGCGCUGGGAUUUUAAUGCCAUUUUAUGAUGAUAGUAAUAAAAUUUUGUAUUUGGCGGGCAAAGGUGAUGGUAACAUUCGUUAUUUUGAAUUUAACAACGACGAGCUCUUUGAGUUAUCCGAAUAUAGUUCGACCCAACCACAAAGAGGAUUUUGUAUGGCUCCAAAAAGAACAGUCAACGUUCACGAAAACGAAAUUAUGAAAGCUUAUAAAACUGUUAAUGACCUGUGCAUUGAACCAAUUUCUUUUAUUUGUCCAAGAAGGUCUGAAGUUUUCCAAGAUGAUAUUUAUCCAAAUGCAGCCAGUGACCAACCUGCUUUGACUGCAGAAGAAUGGUUUUCUGGUAAAGAUGUUGAUGGGCCAAUCUUGUUUGAUUUCAAAUCCGUUUAUGAUAAUACGAAGCCAACUUUAGUUGCUUACAGUACUAAGAAUAUUAAGAAAGAAAAGGAGCAAGAACCAGAAGAACCACAUAAACAAGUUGAAACUCCAAAGGCUGCUGAAGUUAAAAAAGUUAUCGAAGAAAAGCCAACACCAGUUGUCAUGCCGGCAAUAAAUAAUAAGAGUAAUAUUGAUGAUGUUUUGAAAAAGGAUAAUGGUGUUCCCAAGUUGUUGCAAAAAGCUGUUAGUUUAGACGCCGUUAAUGGUGCUGAAAACCCAGAAAGUGAUGAAUCUAAGGACGUUAAAGAUGAAGAAUGGGAAGAAGUUAAGAAACCAGUUGAGACUUCCAAUAAAAGCAAUGUUUCUGGUAGAUCUAGUUCUGCAUCAAAAACAAAACAAGACGAUAAUCAACCUGGUACUAUUGCGGCCACAAAAGUCAUAGAAGCUCCUAAAAAAUCGAAUGCAUCAACAACUGUUAGUAGUUCAAAUAUUGUUAGUACUCCAAAAGCUACAAAUGAAACACCUACUACUGCCACUACAAGUAGCACCAGUAAAUCAAUGGGAUUAAAACAAUCUGUAGAUAAGUUGUCAAGUCUAGUUCUACAUUUGGAGUCUAUUAUUGAAGGAUUAACCAAGUCUAAUUUGGAGAAGGAUGACCGUUUGAAAGCUUUGGAAGAUAAAGUUAAUGAACUAUUGGACAAAAAAUGA